AUGUGUUACAGCUACUUCCGGAUCCUGUUUAUGACCGUCAGAACGAGGCACAAGCGGUUGCAGUGGGCGCCCAGAAGUAACGAGAUGAGAAUUUGGGAACAGAAGGAGAUCAGGCUUCUCAAGGUGACCUUCAUCAUGUGUGCCAGCUUCAUGAUCUGCUGGACGCCCUAUGCCGUGGUGGCUAUGAUCAAAUCCUACUCCAGCAACAUUCACUUAUCGCCCUCAUUAUCAGUGUUUCCAGCCUUGGCUGCCAAGACGUCGCAUGUCAUCGACCCCCUCAUCUACUGCGGGAUGAACAAGAACUUCACUCGUAUCAUUCCUCAGGUGUUCAAAAAGACACCGGAAAUUGACAGAGAACACACGACUAGCGUCCCUUUGAAGACUUUAGUGAAAGUUACCUUCGAUCAAGAUCAAGCUGAGUGA